AUGCGUGUUUGUUUGUGUCUUUGUGUGUGUGUGUGUGUGUGUGUGUGUUUGGGCGUGUCUGCCUUUCUCUCUUUCUCUGUGUGUAUUGUGCUCUCUGUGGCAAGUGAGGGGAAGUGCAGAAGUAAGUUCGGAAAUUACGAACCGGAAGAAUUCAGGAUUCACGCAUGCGCCUUGUGCUACCGUUACAUCACAUGGUCACGUGAUGUCGAUAUCCACCCUGCUCAGCGCUAUUUGUACGUGCGCAAUAAUAAUACCGCCUUUCCUCAGUGGACUAUUUUAAUCGCAGAUGCUGAAAACAAAACAAUGGCUGACAACGUAUGCAAAACAACAAAUCCAGGUAAACUGAAAUCAAGAGUUUUUAUUACUGGGUCCU